GUUUUACUACAACUCCUUUCUGUAUCCCCUGGCUGCUGAUAAAAGCAGGUAUCAACUAAUAGUUGCUCUGGACAUGAUGUAAACAAUUUAACUAUAGAAGUUUCCUGUUCUGGAAAUGUCGAUAUGAAUUCCUCAUAUAUGAAUCCUGGAAGAGCAGAGAAGAAAAAAAAGGACUUAAAACGACAAGAUCAAUGGAGUCAUUAUGAAAUUAUGCUUGGAAGCUUUAUGAAGCAAGCGCAAUUUGUCAGUCAAGUAAACCAAGUAAAGGGUUGGAUGAAAUUAUUUUUUCUGUGUGUUCUUGUGUGCUACGUAUCUGCGAUCCAGUUAGAGCCAUGUGAAUGUAUCUCGAUUCAAAGUUUAGGAUUUAAAUGUCAUUGUGAAGGAAAUAUUUCAAGCAUACAAGUAAAAUUGAAGCCUGGAGAUCUUUAUUCUUUGUCGAUUUCUAAUGCUGAUACGGUAAAGAUUCACAAUGCAUUAUUGAGUGAUUUCAAACGUACUUUAGUAGAACUCACAAUUACAAGUUCAAAUGCGCUCCAAGCAAUUGAAUCUGAAGUCUUUAGUGAGAUGAUCAACCUUAAACAUUUGUAAGCCUCAUUAUUUCAUCACAAAAUAUUUUCAAAAGCACGAGAUGAAAACCAAUCAUGGACUCUAUUUAAUUUUUAGAAGGAUUACUCAUACUUCGUUGGUUGAGUUCUCUGGAUUUGUUAAGCUAGGAGCCAAAGGACCUAUGGAUAUAAUGGAUUUGGAAAGCAACAAAAUUGAGCGCAUUAGGACCAACAGUGCUAAUGUACGAACAGAACAACUUUUCCUGGACUACAAUAAAAUAAGAUGUAUUGAUGGAUGGGCAUUCAAUGGCUCUGAAAUCGCGAGAUUAAGUUUGAGAGGAAAUAUCGAGCUGUCUGAGUUAUCGGUCGAUGCAUUUAAUGGCAUUCACAGUUUGAGAGACUUAGACUUGUCAGAUACAUCUAUAACUUUCUUACCUCCAAUAGGAUUAGAGAAACUUGAAAUAUUGAGGCUUACAAAUACCUUUACAUUAAAGGUCAUCCCAUCGAUUUAUGAUUUAAGUACACUACAGAAAGCUUGGUUGACUUAUUCUUUUCACUGUUGUGCUUUUCAUAACCCGGAAAAGCAUAACCCACAAAGACAUCAGAAAUAUUUGCAACUAAAAAAGGAACUUUGUACGCCCGAAACCAAGCGAUCAAAAAGGAACAUUUACGGUGGCUUCGGAGCAAUCAUGGAUACGACUUCUCAGGAUUCCAAGAACCAAUAUUCUGAUUUUUCACCGAAUUAUAAUGAAACGAUUUUAGAUGAAACGUUUCAUCAAAUGCAUACAGAUAUUCCCAGGGAUAAAAUUGAAGCACUGUGUGGCAACUUAAUAGGCAGAUAUGUGUCUUGCUCUCCUAAACCUGAUGCUUUGAAUCCUUGUGAAGAUAUGAUGAGCUGGUUAUGGUUGAGGGUUUCAAUUUGGUUCGUGAUAUCAGCAGGAAUUGUUGGUAAUGUAGCUGUCCUUCUUGUUUUAUGCCUCUCGAAAACUGAGAAAUCUGUACCAAGGUUCUUGAUGUGUAACCUCGCAUCCGCGGACCUGAUAAUGGCAACAUAUCUUUUGAUGUUAGCGAUAAUGGACAUUAUUUCGUCUGAAACAUAUUUUAAUUAUGCUUACGAUUGGCAAAGAGGUUAUGGCUGUAGGAUGGCAGGAUUUCUGACAGUAUUUGCUAGUCAGCUAUCUAUUUUUACGUUGUCACUAUUGACGAUAGAACGUUGGUUCGCAAUCAGGCACGCGCUGUACCUAAAUAUGCUUGAUAUACAAAUCACAUCACAUAUUAUGAUCGGUGGAUGGGUUUAUUCAAUUAUAAUGGCCUUAUUACCGUUGAUUGGUGUUAGUAGCUAUUCAACGACAAGUUUAUGUCUGCCAAUGGAUUCAAACGACUACAUCUCUCAAGUAUAUAUAAUUACAAUGAUUGUUGUAGCAGGAUGUGCCUUUCUUCUAAUGUGCAUUUGCUAUACUCAAAUUUAUCUAUCUUUGAGUUAUGAGACAAGACAUUCAAUAAGUGAAGGAGCUAUAGUUCGAAAAAUGACAAUUUUAGUGGGAACAAAUUUUUUAUGUUGGGCACCAGUCGCUUUUUUUUCUUUUACAGCGUUAGCUGGGUAUCCAUUAAUCACGAUAUCACAGUCAAAAAUACUGCUCGUAUUUAUAUAUCCUAUCAAUUCUUGUGCUAACCCUUAUUUGUACGCCAUCUUGACAAAACAAUACAGGAAAGACUGUUUAUCGAUACUCUCAAGAUACUUCUUCUAUAAACGAUCUCCUAACAAUAACAUGGGCUAUUCCAGACCAGUUUCAAACGAAGUACCUGGACAACAGACGACAGCAGAAACCUUACUUUAAGUUGUAAUUAAGCACUGAUUUUUAUUUUGUAAACUGAGUAAUAAUAUGUUUCUAAAUAAUAAAAGUGUUACAAAAAAGAAUUACUUUAACAACAUAUUGUUUAUUAU